AUUUCAUCCAAGGCUGUUCACUGCACCGAAGACGAUAUUGAUACUGCGCUAUGCAUUAUCAACAGUCUGACAUGUUUCUUCGCUAUGUCUCCUACGCAGUCCACAGCAGCAUUCAAGCUUCGACGACCGCUGAUUGAAAGGAUCCUUAAUGAACUCAGGCUGCUAGCAAACGUACCUUGUGUUCGUCCGCACGUAAUCCGUUGCGUCACGGAAUUAGAGCAUGUCGUCGCAAAAUGGAUUGUCGAAUUACUGGAACCAAUUCGUAAACUGCUAUCCAUACAUUCUCUGAAAGACUCACCUGAAGUUGUUUUGGAAGACUUGAAG